AUUGAUAGCAUCAAAGAAACUUGUUCUAAGCUGUGCUAAAGGCAUCCCAAUCAACUCAUUGCGUAUUGAAGCCAUGCAGAAAGUUAUGAUCCUAAGCUUAGAAACUUCAAAUUCCAAACAUUAGCGGCAGCAAAGAAACUAUGGCUUUGUCAGAAUGUUCUACACAACUUCUGGCCUUGUUCCUCACUCUCGUCGUCGUUGUCCGCCCCGCCUCGAGCGACCCUGCAACACAGCAACGGAUUGAUCGAAUAUGCCGUCAAAUGGAGGAUUACGGGUUUUGCAACAGAACCUUCAAUGAAAAUUUGAGAGGUCCAGCAGAUGAUGUUGGCCUGACCUUGAUAGCAAAUAACCAAGCUCUGAGAAAUGCUUCAAAUACCUAUCAGUUCGUAGUGCAACUUCAAGCCAGUGAAGUUGAUCUAGCAACAAGAGCUGCUCUCGAGAAUUGCAGAAUCGGCUGCAACGUGGUCAAGCAGGCGUUCCUGCAGGCAAGUUUUCACUUCAACCAGAGAGACUACGCCAACAUGGUCGAGGUCGAAAAGGCAGCACCCCGAGGAGAGGCUUUAUGUAGACCACCAACACCAGACAGCCCGUUGGUUGAGAGGAAGAGGGAAUUGAGGAUUCUCAUUGCUAUGGCUGUGGUUGCCGGUCAUAUCCUAGUGCCUUGAUCAAAUCAGUCAGCAAAAUUGAUAUUUGAUUCGAUUCCUUUCAUGGGUAACAAGCGCAAACAGCAUCACUGCACAUCUCUGAUACAUAACCUUGCAACAUUUUUCUACUUGCCACUGAGCUAAUUGUUAUGAUAUUACUACUGACUCAAUUCUGGUGGUUAUUUUGAUAUUGAAUCAAACAUGAUUCAUUGCAAUUACUAACUCUUUCGUCUGUUGAGGAAGCUUGAGCUAUAAGAACCCUUUAAAUCCACAAAUAACAACCACAAUUCUGCUGAUAUCAUAACAACUAGUUCAGUGCCAAGUAGAAAAAUUGGCUAUUUUAAUUUGCUUUCCAGGCUGGCAUCAUAAAAAACAUGUCAGAACUGAUACCGAUACAUAUAAAUAUAAUGACAGAUAUCAUAAAGUUGAUACUUCCAUUUAUAUAAACUGGUCUCAGCAAAACAUGAAUAAUUUGGCUGCUUGAGUUCAUUUAGCAGCCACGGGCUCAAAACUUGAAAUUGCUCUGUCAUUUAACUGGAUUCAGAACACAGAAUGUAAAUCAUUGACAAAAAUAUUCGAUAUAUAAUUAACCAUGACUUUCUUUUGAGCAACACUGGAAAAGGAACGUUCUAUUUCCUUCGAAUCUCAUCCGAUUAACCAUUCGUGGCGUACACUAAGAAUUAAGAUAUGGUAAAUUAUCGAGUAUUUGACAAAAUAAAUUCACGAGAUUUUUCUAUCUUGAAUUCCAUGUGCAA